AUGAUCUUUGGAAAUCAUACUACCAUGAUCCUCUGUGAUGGAACCAGAAUCGACGAUAGAGUACCUUGGGGGGAUUAUUUGAACAAUUUCAAGCCUAGCCUAUUUGAAGGCAAGUGGUAUUACAUUGCUGACUUCCGAUUGAAGAGAUCAACUUCAAUACCUAAGUACUCAUCAUCUACUUUUGAAAUCAAGUUUAUGUGGCACACAAAAAUGUGGCCUGUAAGUGAUAUAUCUACUGAAAGUUCUCUCCAAUUCAUCCAUGCUGAUGAAGUCGAAUAUGAAUAUGAGGAUUAUGUAACUGAUGCUAUUAGAGUCAUAUCAAGUGUCUCAACUGUGGCGAGGUUUCCAUAUGUCUGUCGUGAAGGGGAAACAGACUAUGAGGCCAUAUAUGUGACAUUUACCAUCAGAGAUAAUUUGUAA